CAUGAUUGAUGUCCAGAGGCAGUAUAAAAGCACUGGAUUUCUCCCCAACUGCUUGUCACAUUGACCUGAACCAUCUCUCGACUGCUCUUGGGGUUUCUGUCAACUAGUACUGGAAGGGAAAAAGCUCUUUGGAGAAUAACAUUUUAUUUGUGGCCAUGCCAGAACCCACUAAGAAAGAGGAAAAUGAAGUGGUGGCCCCAGCUCCCCCACCUGAAGAACCAAAUAAAGAGAAGGAGGCAGGAACUACACCAGCAAAAGAACCAAAUAAAGGGAAGGAGGCAGGAACUACACCAGCAAAAGGUUUGGGUAGUCGGGCCCUGGAGAGAAAAGAUUCAGAAUGGUCUCUUGGUGAAUCACCUGCUGGUGGAGAGGAACAAGACAAGCAGAAUGCCAAUAACCAGCUGUCCACCCUGUUUGUUGAAAAACCUCAAACAGGAACCGUGAAAGUGGGUGAAAACAUCACCUUUAUAGCCAAAGUCAAGGCUGAAGACCUUCUUAGAAAACCCACUAUCAAAUGGUUCAAAGGCAAAUGGAUGGACCUGGCCAGCAAAGCUGGGAAGCAUCUCCAGCUGAAGGAGACCUUCGAGAGGCACUCUCGGAUAUACACAUUUGAGAUGCAGAUCAUCAAGGCCAAAGAGAACUAUGCAGGAAACUACAGAUGUGAGGUCACCUACAAGGAUAAGUUUGACAGCUGUUCAUUUGAUCUUGAAGUACACGAAUCUACCGGGACUACUCCAAACAUUGACAUCAGAUCUGCCUUCAAGAGAAGUGGAGAAGGUCAAGAAGAUGCAGGGGAACUUGACUUUAGUGGUCUCCUGAAACGUAGGGAGGUGAAGCCGCAGGAGGAGGAGCCCGAGGUAGACGUCUGGGAGCUGCUGAAGAACGCGAACCCCAACGAGUACGAGAAGAUCGCUUUCCAGUAUGGCAUCACCGACCUGCGCGGCAUGCUCAAGCGGCUCAAGCGCAUGCGCAGGGUGGAGAAGAAGAGCGCGGCUUUUGCAAAAAUUCUUGAUCCUGCAUAUCAGGUUGAUAAAGGAGGCAGAGUAAGGUUUGUUGUGGAACUGGCAGAUCCAAARUUGGAGGUGAAAUGGUAUAAAAAUGGCCAAGAAAUUCGACCCAGCACAAAAUACAUCUUUGAACACAAAGGAUGCGAAAGAAUCAUGUUUAUCAAUAACUGUUCGCUGACAGAUGACUCAGAGUAUUAUGUGACAGCUGGUGAUGAAAAAUGUUCUACUGAGCUCUUUGUGAGAGAACCUCCAAUUAUGGUGACUAAACAGCUGGAAGAUAUGAAUGCUUAUUGUGGGGAAAGAGUUGAAUUAGAAUGUGAGGUGUCUGAAGAUGAUGCCAAUGUAAAAUGGUUUAAGAAUGGUGAAGAGAUCUUCCCUGGUCCAAAAUCAAGAUACAGGAUUAAAGUUGAGGGCAAAAAACACAUUUUGAUCAUAGAGGGAGCCACGAAGGCUGACAGCGCGGAGUAUUCAGUGAUGACAACGGGAGGACAGUCAUCCGCCAAACUGAGCGUUGACUUGAGACCUCUGAAGAUUUUGACACCUCUGACUGAUCAGACUGUAAAACUUGGAAAAGAAGUAUGCUUGAAGUGUGAGAUCUCUGAAAACAUACCAGGAAAAUGGACUAAAAAUGGCCUGCCUGUUCAGGAGAGUGACCGUCUGAAGGUUGUUCACAAAGGAAAAGUCCACAAGUUAGUUAUAGCCAAUGCCCUCAUUGAAGAUGAAGGUGAUUAUGUGUUUACACCAGAUGCCUACAAUGUUACUUUGCCUGCCAAAGUUCAUGUUGUUGAUCCUCCUAAGAUCAUCCUGGAUGGUCUUGAUGCUGACAAUACAGUGACCGUGAUUGCAGGGAGUAAGCUUCGUCUUGAGAUUCCUGUCUCUGGAGAACCACCUCCUAAGUGCCUUUGGAGCCGAGCAGAUAAGGCUAUCAUGGAGGGCAGUGGCCGGAUACGAGCAGAAUCCUAUCCUGAUAGCAGCACCUUGGUCAUUGAUGUGGCUGAAAGAGAUGACUCUGGUGUUUACCACAUAAAUCUGAAGAAUGAAGCUGGAGAAGCACAUGCAAGCAUCAAGAUUAAAGUUGUGGACAUCCCUGAUCCUCCAGUGGCACCAAAUGUGACAGAAGUAGGUGAUGAUUGGUGCAUCAUGAACUGGGAGCCUCCUGUCUAUGAUGGAGGGUCUCCAAUCUUAGGAUACUUUAUUGAGAGAAAGAAGAAGCAAAGUUCCAGGUGGAUGAGGCUGAAUUUUGAUCUCUGUAAAGAAACUACUUUUGAGCCCAAGAAGAUGAUUGAAGGUGUGGCCUAUGAGGUCCGCAUCUUUGCAGUCAAUGCUGUUGGAAUCUCCAAGCCCAGUAUGCCCUCUAAGCCCUUCGUUCCCUUGGCUGUCACYAGCCCUCCUACUCUGCUKGCUGUUGACUCUGUCACCGACACCACUGUCACCAUGAAGUGGAGGCCCCCAGACCAGAUUGGUGCUGCAGGUUUAGAUGGCUAUGUGCUAGAGUAUUGCUUUGAAGGAAGUACAUCAGCCAAACAGUCUGAUGAAAGUGGGGAGGCUGCGAUUGAUCUACCAGCUGAGGACUGGAUAGUUGCAAACACGGAUCUAAUUGACAAGACCAAGUUCACCAUCACAGGUCUGCCGACAGAUGCCAAGAUCUUUGUUCGUGUAAAGGCUGUUAAUGCCGCUGGUGCCAGCGAGCCCAAGUACUAUUCUCAGCCCAUUCUUGUGAAGGAAAUCAUAGAGCCUCCAAAGAUUCGCAUCCCGAGGCACCUGAAGCAAACCUAUAUCCGCAGAGUUGGAGAAGCAGUCAAUCUGGUUAUACCUUUCCAGGGAAAACCAAGACCAGAAUUAACUUGGAAGAAGGAUGGUGCAGAGAUUGAUAAGAAUCAAAUAAACAUCCGCAACUCUGAGACUGAUACAAUCAUAUUUAUCAGAAAAGCGGAGAGAAGCCACUCUGGGAAAUACGAUCUGCAGGUCAAAGUGGAAAAAUAUGUGGAAACCGCAUCCAUCGACAUCCAGAUUGUUGACCGUCCAGGUCCACCCCAGUCUGUGAAGAUUGAAGACGUCUGGGGAGAGAAYGUGGCUCUAACGUGGACACCACCAAAGGAUGAUGGAAAUGCGGCCAUCACAGGGUACACGAUCCAGAAGGCUGACAAGAAGAGCAUGGAAUGGUUCACUGUCAUUGAGCAUUAUCACCGAACCAAUGCUACCAUCACUGAACUGGUCAUAGGGAAUGAAUAUUAUUUCCGGGUAUUUGCUGAGAACAUGUGUGGCCUCAGCGAGGAUGCGACAAUGACAAAAGAGAGCGCUGUGAUUGCCAAGGAUGGCAAAAUCUACAAAAAUCCAGUGUAUGAAGACUUUGAUUUCACAGAGGCGCCCAUGUUUACUCAGCCUUUGGUUAACACCUAUGCUAUAGCUGGUUACAACGCCACCCUGAACUGCAGUGUGAGAGGAAAUCCCAAGCCCAAAAUAACCUGGAUGAAAAACAAAGUUGCUAUUGUGGAUGAUCCAAGAUACAGGAUGUUCAGCAACCAGGGAGUCUGUACUCUGGAGAUUCGCAAGCCGAGCCCCUAUGAUGGAGGCACCUACUGCUGCAAAGCGGUCAAUGACCUGGGGACAGUGGAGAUCGAAUGCAAACUGGAGGUGAAAGGUGGGCUGUCCUUCUGCAGGCUCCUCUUGCAAGGUGUGCCUCCAAACAUAAUUGAUUCAUAUUUGCGAGACUUACACUCAAGCAAUCCUGAGGAAUACUGAGGGCUGGGCAUAGCCUCUCUGAAUUCUGCUGCUUUGAAAUCUGAUUGAAAAGAGAAAGCAUUUUCUGGUUUUCCACCAGGCCCCCAAGUGUGGUCAUUUUCUUUCCUCUGAA